AUGGAUGCUAUCAUAUGGAAUGUUAGGUCAGUGAAUACCAUGCAGGCUUUUGAAAGACUGAUUCUCAUGCAUAGACAUCAUCACUUUGAAUUUAUAGGAAUUAUAGAGCCUAUGCAGCAGUCUAACAAAGUGGAGAGGUACAGGAAUAGAAUUGGUUUGGCACAGGCAGUGGUCAAUGUUUCAAACAAAAUAUGGGCUUUCAUAGAUGAAGUUUUUGAGGUGACAAUUCUCUACAAUAUGGUGCAGCAAUUAACUCUAAAGCUUUUUCACACUGAAACACAUGUGGAACUUAUACUCACACUGGUUUAUGCUAAAUGUGAUCCUAUAGAAAGGAUAGAACUGUGGGAUUCCCUAUAUGCAAUGGCAACAGAUAUGACAAGUCCAUGGCUAGUGGGAGGAGAUUUCAAUGUCAUAUGGGAUGAGGAAGAAAAAUUUGGAGGACUACCUGUUUCUUUAAAUGAGGUAGAUGACUUUAGACAUUGUAUCAAUACUUGUAAUUUGGCAGACCUAGGAUUUAAAGGGAGCAUCUAUACAUGGUGGAAUGGAAGAUCAGAGGAAGACUGUAUAUUUAAAAGAUUGGACAGGUGUCUUGGAAACAUGGAAUUGCAGCAGACAUUCCCUGGCCUUGAGAUCACACACUUAUCCAAGACAGGGUCUGAUCAUUGCCCCAUGUUGCUGAAGUGUGACAUAGAGGUUGAACCUAUUAAGAAGCCUUUUAGAUUUCUUAAUUUCUGGACAAAACAUGAAAAUUUUAAGGCAGUGGUUAAGGAGAAUUGGUCUGCUGAUUUUGCUGCAAAUCCAUUCAUCAUAUCAACCUAUGGUGACAUUUUUCAAAAGAUAGCAAGCUUAGAGGAGGUGGUCCUAGUACAUGAGAAACAAUUUGAGGCAGUUCCAACUCAGAUGAAUAGGGAAAGGUUACAUAAAGUCAAGGCAGAAUUGAUUAGAUACCUGGCAUUGGAGGAGGAAUUUUGGAAACAAAAAGCAGGAAUGGCAUGGUUCAAAGAUGGGGAUAGAAAUACAAGGUUUUUUCAUGCACAAGUUAGAGGAAGAAGGAAGAAAUUGCAGCUGAAAAGAAUUAAGGACAGUAAUGGCAACUGGAUAGAGGAAGAUGUACAAAUUGCAGAAGAGGCUGUCAACUUUUAUAGGGAUCAAUUCACAGAAGAUGUAGUGCCUUCAGUAUUUCAUAUUAUGGAUCAUGUGCCUACACUGAUAGAUGAGGAACAAAAUGAGAUGCUGAUAGCAAAUCCUACUAAAGAAGAAGUUAAGAAGGCAGUUUAUGGUUUAAAUGGAGAUUCUGCAGGUGGACCUGAUGGUUUUACUGGAGCCUUCUUCCAUACUUGUUGGGAUAUAGUGGGAGAUGAUGUUUAUGCAAUGGUUCUGGCUUUCUUCAAUGGGCAGCAAUUACCUAAAAGUAUCACUCACACUAAUCUGGUAUUAUUACCUAAGAAGAAGGAGGUUAAUACAUUUUCUGAUUUGAGGCCUAUAAGUUUGAGUAAUUUUGUCAACAAGAUUUUCUCAAGGGUCAUUCAUGAAAGGUUGGUGGAACUGUUACCUAAUAUAAUAUCUGAAGAACAAGCAGGCUUUGUGAAAGGGAGAAGUAUAGUGGAAAAUGUUUUGUUAACUCAGGAAAUUAUUACAGAUAUUAGGCUGAGGACUAAAGCUGGACCUAAUGUUGUGAUGAAAUUGGACAUGACUAAGGCCUAUGACAGGUUGUCCUGGCUAUUUUUAACUAAAAUGCUCAGGAAACUAGGAUUUUGUGAGAGGUUUAUUGGAUUGAUCUUUGACUUGGUAGGAAACAAUUGGUAUUCUGUUUUGAUAAAUGGUCAGUCUCAUGGCUUUUUCAAAUCAACAAGGGGUGUCAAACAGGGAGAUCCACUAUCUCCAACAUUAUUUAUUAUUGCAGCUGAAGCUCUAUCAAGAGGUUUGAAUUCCUUGCAUCUAAACCUAUACUUCUGUGGCUUUGGACUGCCUAAGUGGAGUCCAAAAAUUAAUCAUUUAGCCUAUGCUGAUGAUACUAUUAUAUUUUGUUCAUCUGAUGCUACAUCACUGAGAUUGGUAAUGGAGAUUCUGCAGUUAUAUGAAGCUGCCUCUGGACAACUGAUAAACAGGAACAAAUCAGCAGUCUAUAUGCAUCAUUUAACAGAUAUGGAGGUGGUCAGGAAGGUGGAAAGGAUAACAGGCAUUGCAAGACAAGAUUUCCCCUUCAUGUAUUUGGGGUGUCCCAUCUUUUAUGCUAGGAGAAAGCUAGAGUAUUAUCAACCUAUGAUCUCUAAGGUGUUAAAUAAGCUGCAAACAUGGAAAGGGAAGCUGCUAUCAAUUGGAGGUAGGGCUAUUUUAAUAUCUAAUGUUCUUCAGAGCAUGCCAAUUCAUUUAUUGUCUGCUGUUAAUCCCCCUAGCUAUGUAAUAAACAGAUUACAUAAGAUAUUUGCACAAUUCUUCUGGAGUAGUUCAGUGGGUGGUAAUAGUAGACAUUGGGCAUCCUGGACCACAUUAUGUAUGCCAUGUGAUGAAGGGGGAAUAGGAUUCAGAUCUUUACAUGAUGUAGCAAAGGCACUCUUUUGUAAGCUGUGGUGGAAUUUUAGAACUAGGCCAAGCCUGUGGAGUUCAUUUCUGAGUCAGAAAUACUGCAAGAAAUUAAAUGCAGUAAUUGUGCCAUGGAGAGAGGGUUCACAUGUGUGGAGAAAGAUGUUGGAAUGCAGAGAUUUAAUAGAACACCAGAUCUUCUGGAGGAUUGGAAUGGGAUCAUCACUGUUUUGGUAUGAUAAUUGGACAAGGCUUGGGGCUCUAUAUUUCCUUGUCCCACCAGAAUUUGUCAUAGAUGAUGAUGUGCAUAAUGUAUAUGAUCUGGUAGAAAGUGGAGCAUGGGAUGCAAACAGAUUAAUGCAGAUUUUACCUGAAGAACUGGCAAUGCACAUUAUUGAAAACAUAAGGCCACCUAAUAUGAAUGAUGGAAUAGAUACACCCUUUUGGAUGCUGGACUCUAGAGGUCAAUUUUCUGUCAAGUCUGCAUGGGAAUAUUUAAGAAGAAGGGACAAUCCUAGAACAGCAUAUAAAAUGAUGUGGGUGAGAGGUCUCCCUUUCAAAAUUUCUUUCUUUAUGUGGAAAGUUUGGAAGGCUAAGCUGCCACUGGAUGAUUUUAUGAGAAGGCUUGGGUACUUUAUGCCAUCUAAAUGCUGGUGUUGUGCUGCACCUAAACAGGAAUCUUUGGUACACUUAUUUUUCACAUCUAAGGCUGCUGAAACAGUAUGGGGAUACUUCUUACCAAGGGCAGGAAUUGCAGUUCAUGAUUUGACACUUCAUCAGGCUAUUACAAAAUGCUGGACUGCAAAAGUUGUUCAUAGACUAAAGCCAAUUAUGCAGGCACUACCUGCUUGUAUUGUGUGGGAGUUGUGGAAAAGAAGAAAUAGUUUGAAAUAUGGAGAAUCAGUGUCAGUAAGUAGGGUGAUUUAUCAGGUUUCUACUACUUUACAACACUUGGUACAAUUAAGGAAACCAGGUUUAAAGGUUCCUCACAGGUGGUCCAAUCUGUUGUACAUGAUGGAGCAUUAUACUCCAACUCUGAAGUAUGAGAAGGUGAUAUGGGAAUUUCCACAAGCUGGAUGGAUAAAGGUUAACACUGAUGGAGCAUGUAGAGGUAAUCCUGGGAGAAGCUCUAUAGGUUUUUGCUUAAGAGAUGAAGCAGGAGAAUUAAAAUAUGCACAAGGGAAGGAGAUUAGAGAGGGUACAAAUACUGAAGCUGAGGCAGUAGCAAUUCUGGAGGCCCUGAGAAUGUGUAGAGCCAUGAAUUUCAGUCAGAUUUGGUUGCAGACUGAUUCACUACUGUUGAACAACAUAAUUGAGGGAUUAUGGAAGCCCCCCUGGUGUAUUGUUGAUCAGAUAGAGGAAAUACUGAGAUUGAAAGGGGAGUUUAAUCUCAGAAUAUCACAUACAUUUAGGGAAGGUAAUCACUUAGCAGAUCAUCUAGCAAAUUAUGCCUUGGAUGAGGGAGAUAUGGAAUGUCAUGGAUUUUGGGACCUGGAUAUUCAAGGUAGAAGAUUGGUGAAUGAAGAUAAGAUGCAAUGCCCUGUUCUGAGAGUAAGAGUUGCAAGAAGUACAGUUAAACUAUCUAUAUUCUAUACUUUAAUGAAACCUAAAAUGGUGGUAUUAGUACUCAGUACUCAGUCCAUUUGGGAAGAUUUAAGUAUAGAAUAUAGGAUAGUACCAAAGGCAUUCAAAGAGAGAGUGGCAGAAUCAGGGAAGUGUUGUCUUUCACAAAGGAUAACACUUAGUCACACACAAAGAAGAAGGAAGAAUACACAGAAACACAGAUUGCAGACAUUGGAGUUCCAAAUCAUAGGAAGUCAAAUGGAUGAUGCAUCUGUGGAAAAGGGAAUCAGGUCAUAUGGGAAAUGUCAAGGAAAUACAUACAUGGUGUCAUGCAAUGUCCAAAUCCUUUGGGAGGAGGACAUGAAGAUCAGAGAAUGUUUGUUACAGAUUAAGACUUUGUUACUGUUUUAUGGUGUAAUUGAGGUUCAUUUGGUGAUUGCAGACAAUAAAAUCAUUAUUGUUAGUGAUUUUAACUGGAUGAUGCAAAAUGACGAGAAUAGGAAUAAGGACAAGAGGUACAGAAAUGAAAUACAUCCAGGUCUUUCUAUUACAACAUUCUACAAGGGAAGGGAGAGUACAAACUCGAUUAAAGCACUCAUAAGCAAUUCCAAUAGGGUACAGCAGGGCGUGGUCGAAGGUGACUCUGAAGUUUGGCAUUUCAGAACAGCUGCAGCUAAACAAGAGAUUGUGGAAGUCCAGCAUAACCUCUCCAACGCGAUGCACAAGGAUCCAGGAACAUACAAGAAUAAUCAGGGUGUUAAAAAUUGGGCUGGAUGGUGGCUAUAUAUCCAAAUGGGAAAUAUUGAUGGUCUGGGCUUAUUGGUGAGCCCACAUGUAACUACAACUGACACGGUUGGGCUGGUUAAUGAGCAGAAUUGGAUUACAAAAUUGGGCUGGGUUGGAGAUGAGGCUGUCAUGCAAAUCAGAAGCGGAAAAAUGGAGGCUAUGGCUAUUUCGGCAAUGCUGGAGCUGGAGUUGGUAGCUACCCAGCAACAUGUUAGGGCAUCAGCUAGUGCAGGAUCUUCUGAGGGGUCUGGGAGUUCAAGGGUCCGAGAGUUUAUUGCUUUGGGUCCUCGAGAGUUCAUGGGGACAGGUCAGAUGGAGGACCCACAGGAUUUCAUAGAUUAG